UAGCGUGGGACGGGGCCGCCGCCCACAACGCUUCCGUACCUCGUCGAGUGCGACCGACCCUCCACAUCUAGCCAUGGCCAACCUGCAGGUCCUGUGCCGGCCCUCGGGCCUCCUGAAACUGGUGCAAAUCGCCAUCUGCCUCACGUGCCUGGGGCUGAUCCGCCAGUACGGUCUCCAGUUCGGCACCGGCGGCUGGGUGGUCGAGGGCAACCUCAUCGACCGCAACCUGGUCGGCGUGAUCGCCUGCGGCGGCAUGGUGCUCGUCACCGCACCGCUGCUCAUCGCGCUCGUCGCCGGAGAGAUCGCCAUCGAAAAGUCGUUCCUGGAGACUCUGUACAACAUUGUCGGCUUCAUCAUGAUGAUCUCGGCUGGCGCCAUGGCCGUGGAGACCUACCAUGAUGCCGGCAAGGGAGACACGCGCGAUGCCGGCCUGGCCAUGGGCUCGCUGGCAAUCAUCAACGCUAUCAUCUAUCUGGUGGACGCCUUCGUCGCUUUCCGUCUGAAGCGUGCCUAAAUGCGCUAAUCGAGCCCAGAGGUCGGAGUGAUGGAGGCUUCUCGGUGAAUGUGGCGCCACCUGCACUACGCUUGGGGCGACACCUGCGUUGGCAAUGACAUCUAUAACACUGGACACUCAGAGUCCGAUACCUGAGGCAGCCGCGGAGAUACAUAGGUGUGCUCUGUAAUGCUUCCGCCGGACCAGCGAGCUGUGCCUUGCAUUGAACGCGAGGCCUUGUCGCUUUUCCUCCCUUGGUCACUGUUCCAUGGUCGUGUGGUGUUCACUGCCGCGUUCCAAUAUCCUCUUCUUACGGAUUUUGUAUCGGUUAAUGAAUGGUAACGUGUAUUUAUUGACAUACAAUAUUAGUUGCACAGCGAGUAACUUCGCUUCUAACUUCAUCAAAACUCGUAUUUAUGCUUAUUAUAAAUCCACCCCCAGAGGUGGUGUGAUGACAUCACCUAUCUCGAAAGAUGGUGUCGGAGCGCAUCGUUACCUUUCGCCUGAGCCUGACGUUUAGAAAUAUUUAUAUUUUUCAUUACCUUUGGAGCAAAUGUUUUUACGAAUAGUUUUUUUAUAUUCAUAUACAAGCCACUCAUGUUCUUACCUAUUUUCACAUGGUGUACCUGAACCCCGUGGAGCUGUUUAUGAGAAAAAAAACUGUCCGUUCCAUGCAAGAGGCUCGUAACAGUCACUGAAUUGUAUUUCCUUUAUGCUGGGGAGAAAGAGAGAGGGAGGGAAGUGCUAGUGUAGAGUGGUCAGUUUAGCUCUGCAUUUUUGUGAGCGCAUGCUAUUGAUGUUAAUUAAGGUCGUAACCCACCCGAGUGUGCAGUUUGUGUGUUUUACGCAGUGAAAGAAAGCUAUUCGGUGUAUUUUGCAUGAAAAUGAUCAUUCCAUUAUUAAGAUUCAUCUUUCUUUUGUAUAAGGUCCCUGUGUAGAUCGCAUGUGCGGCGCGCACUGAUUUUUAGGCAGGCGUGUGAAAGCACCGUAUGUUUGCAUUGGCAUGCUCUUCAUUCCUGUUGGGUGGUUUUGAGCAAUAAAAAAUACAAUUUAAA